UUAGAUGGCCAUCUGUCUUGAAAGAAAGGAUUAGGAUUUUCUUCCUGUUUUGGAUAAACUAAACACUCGGGAAGGACGCUGGGUGGCGCUGCAGCAUUAUAAGUAGAACGAAGAGAGCUACCAGCCGGCGCUCCUUGAGCCAAAUGCUCCGCUGAAGAAACAAGCAGGAAGGGGAGGCAUUCUAAGGUGGUUGCUCCGGGAAAUCAGGGCCCUAGGCGUCUCCAUUUCUCCCACCAUCUACGAGAUACUGGGAGAUAAGAGCGACAACUCGAGCCGAAGCUGGGUCAAGUUUGCUGGGAGACCGGAAGGCGAUGGAGGCCGGAGAGGGAAAAGAACGCUUUCUAAAACAAAGGCAAGUCUUGAUAUUCUUUGUUUUGCUGGGCAUAGCUCAGGUUGCUUCCAAGCCUAAGCAGUACUCAGUGGCUGAGGAAAUGGAGAGUGGCUCCUUUGUGGCCAAUUUGUUAAAAGACCUGGGGCUGGAGGUAAAUCACCUAGCUGCGCGGGGGGCUCGGGUCGUUUCCAAAGGGAAAAAAACGCGUUUGCAGUUUGAUAGGCAGACAGGGAAUUUGUUGUUAAACGAGAAACUGGACCGGGAGGAGCUGUGCGGCCUUGCCGAGCCCUGUGUGCUACCUUUCCAGGUAUUAUUGGAAAAUCCCUUGCAGUUUUUUCAGGCCGAGCUAUGGAUUAGAGAUAUAAAUGAUCAUUCCCCGGUUUUCCUAGACAAAGAAAUACUUUUGAAAAUUUCAGAAAGUAUCACUCCCGGAACUACUUUCCUAAUAGAACGUGCCCAGGACUUAGAUGUGGGAAGCAACAGUCUCCAAAGUUACACGGUCAGUCCAAAUUCCCACUUCCAUCUUAAAUUACAAGACAGUUCCGACGGCAUAUUACCACAGCUGGUGCUGGACAAAGCGCUGGAUCGAGAGGAACAGGCUGAGAUCAGGUUAACUCUCACUGCGCUGGACGGCGGGACUCCACCCAGGUCUGGCACUGCCCUGGUCCGCAUUGAAGUUUUGGACAUCAAUGAUAACGCGCCCGAGUUUGCAAAGCUGCUCUAUGAGGUGCAAGUUCUGGAAAACAGUCCUAUUGGAUUCCAGGUUGCCGUAGUCUCUGCUAGAGAUUUGGACAUUGGAACCUAUGGAGAAAUAUCUUAUGUAUUUUCCCAAGCCUCUGAAGAUAUUCGCAAAACUUUUCAAAUAAAUGCAAAGUCAGGAGAACUCAUUUUAACACAGAAACUGGAUUUCGAAUCCAUUCAGAGUUAUACAUUAAAUAUUCAGGCGACAGAUGGUGGAGGCCUAUCUGGAAGUUGCAUGGUGUUUGUCCAAGUGAUGGAUUUGAAUGACAACCCUCCGGAACUGACUAUGUCAACACUUAUCGAUCACAUCCCAGAAAACUUGCAGGAGACCAUAAUUGCUGUACUCAGUGUUUCAGAUCCUGACUCGGGAGACAAUGGAAGAAUGGUUUGCUCCAUUGAAGAUGAUCUUCCUUUCUUCCUUAAACCUUCUGUUGAGAAUUUUUACACCCUACUGACAAACACACCUCUGGACCGAAGGUUUGGAUGUAAGCGCCCGGACUCCAACAUGAAGACGCCAGAGAGAAUUCAACCAAACAGGCAAGUGGUGGCCUUUAUUUUGAUGGUGUUCUUGUCCCAGGCUUGCCCUGAGCCUAUUCGUUAUUCUGUGAUAGAAGAAACAGAGAGUGGCUCCUUUAUAGCCCAUCUGGCCAAAGAUCUGGGCCUGGGAAUUGGGGAACUGACCGCUAGGUCAGCCCGGGUGGUGUCUGACGAUGACAAGCAGCGCUUGCAACUGGAUCGUCAGACUGGAGAUUUGCUUUUGAGAGAGAAAAUAGACCGGGAAGAACUAUGUGGCUCUGUUGAACCGUGUGUACUGCAUUUCCAAGUGUUGCUGGAAACGCCGGUGCAAUUUUUUGAAGGAGAAUUAUCAAUCCAGGACAUAAAUGACCACUCCCCAGUAUUCCCGACUGGGGAAAUGCUCUUGAAAAUACCGGAGAACAGCCAGCCAGGGACUCUGUUUCCGUUGAAAUUAGCUCAGGAUUUGGAUGUGGGUAGCAAUGGCCUUCAAAAGUACACUAUCAGCCCCAAUUCUUAUUUUCAUGUUCUAACUCGAAAUCAUAGUGAGGCCAAGAAAUACCCAGAUUUGGUGCAGGACAAAGCGCUGGAUCGAGAGGAGCAGCCUGCGUUCAGCUUAACCCUCAUAGCACUGGAUGGUGGAUCUCCACCUAAGUCUGGCACCAUCACAGUGCGAAUCCUGAUCACAGACGUCAAUGACAAUGCUCCAGAGUUUGUGCACACCCCAUAUGAAGUACAGGUCUUGGAAAACAGCUCCCUAGACUCCCCAGUACUUAGUGUCUCAGCUAAAGAUAUAGAUUCUGGAAACUUCGGGAGUGUUUCCUACGGCUUUUUCCAAGCAUCAGAUGAAAUUAAACAAACUUUCUCAAUUAAUGAAGUCACAGGAGAAAUCCGACUGACAAAGAAACUGGAUUUUGAACACAUUAAAUCUUACCACGUAGAAAUUGAGGCCAUAGAUGGCGGAGGCCUUUCUGGAAAAGGCACUGUAGUCAUACACGUGGUGGAUGUGAACGACAAUGCCCCUGAGCUUACCAUAUCUUCACUCACCAACUCCAUCCCAGAAAAUGCUCCUGAGACUGUAGUGUCUAUCUUCAGAAUUCGAGAUAGAGACUCUGGAGACAAUGGAAAGAUGAUUUGCUCUAUCCCAGAUAAUCUGCCGUUCCUUCUGAAACCGACUUUCAAGAAUUUCUACACGCUGACACUGUCGCAGAGCUACCAGUAUGACGUGUGUCUGACGGGAGACCCUAGGACUGGUGAGUUCAAAUUCCUGAAGCAGAUAUUUCCCAACCUCUUGGUUGAAGACACUGAGAGAGAAAUAAAAGAAAACCCCAACUGCAGGAAUAGCUUUGUAUUCAGUUAAGGAUUGUAUUUGGUCAAGUCAGCCUCUCCUUAAUUUUGGUCAACCUAACUCCCAUUGCAACACCUUUCUUUUAAAAAAGUUUGUUGUCUAAAUAUGUGCACCUCUAUUCCAAACCUAUGGGUGUCCCUGAUUGUGCCAAAUUUUUCUCCUUUUAUUAAUAUUCAUUGGACUUGGCAUUUUUAGUUAACUGAUUAAGUAUGUAUAUUCUCCAUAUUUGAUCUUCUCUUGGUGAUUAAUCUUUCCAUAACUAUAAAUUACUCAAGUAGCAUAAGAAGAAAUUUUAUUUAAAUCGACUUCUUAAUGUCUUAAAGCUUUUAUGUAAUUAUGCAUUUCUCUAUAUUUGUGGUGUUUGUCUUUACCGUUAACUUUAUCUGUAGAGUGUUUGAAAUACCUAGGCUUUGUUCAUUGCUCUCCAGGCUCCUCCCUGAAUAACCAUAAGCAUAUAACUUAUUUGUAUCUCUCAGAUUGUACAUAAACAUGCACUUCCAUUAAAAUAUUAAUACACUAAAAUUGUGACUUUCUGUUGUGCACACCAUGUAUGCUAGAAUUUAAAAAAUGUAUUUGAUCGAUACUUACAUGGCACACUGUAUGUAUUCCAUAAAUACUAAUAAUAAAUUUUAAAAAUUAUUCUCAUAAAUAAUUGAAGAGAAAAAUCUUCUAUAAUUUGGUAUCAGGUUCACUAAACAGAACUAAGUCACUACUUGGUAAAAUCCUUUAUAACUAUUUCAGAACCUUAAGUACACCUUAGAUCCUUUCAAAGGAUGCAAAACAGGAAAGGCAUCAUUACUUCCUUGUCCUUCCUUUUCCUCUGUAAAUAAAAGUUCAAGUAUAAUGUAUAUUUCUUUUGGUUUUCCUGCAGCUUCUCCUCACCUUUCAAAAGAAAGAAUUUCUUCUGAGUUUCUCUUAUCCUAUUCAGGUUUGAUUAUUGGCUGGUACAAGAUUUUCACUUUAAAUUACUUUGCAGACAUGAACAUCCGUUAUCAACCAAAUAAUUAUUUACCUUUGAUGUCCAAGUUAUCUUCUCUUCAAUGUAGCUUUGAGGUAUUUUAUUUCAAUUUAUCAGUUUUAUGUUAAACUUUCAUUGUAAGAAAUAAGCAUUAUUUUGUCAUUUUGGACAAUAAGAACAGAAAUAGAAAUUAAAUAAGAAUGAACUUAUCUUAAGUGUAAUUGUUUUAUGUUGUGUUCAGUAAGCCUAGUAAGCUGAUCAUGCGGUUUCCAACUAAAUUUAUAUGGAUAUAAGUAUAAGACCUCUUAGUUGAACUUUUGGUACAAUGUGAGCAAUUAAAGAGUCUGUUUUGUAGUCUAAAUAUUUUUAAAUCUCAUGGGUCAUUCUACUGGAAUUUAAUUACUUGUACUUAUUAACCUUGAAUUACUUUUUUCUCUAAGGGUAAAGUGACAUAAAAAGGGGAAUUACUGGUUAAGUUAUUCUUGAAACAUAACUUUUAGCCUUCAUCCAGUCUAAAAAUUGAAAUGAGAAAGCAAUAAAAAUGAGAACAAAAUUAAGCACAAGUAUAUAUGGACAUAAAUUUGGUAGUCAACUUUAACAACUACUGAUUAGCUAUUAUAUGAAUAGCUUUAUGUAUGGUGACAAGAAAUCUGACUGAACUGUUUAUUAGCUAUUAUAUGAAUAGCUUUAUGUAUGAUGACAAGAAAUCUGACUGAAGCUUUCACCAGUGUAUUUCACCAUUAUGAAAAUCCAAGUUGACUUUCUCUUUCUCUCUCUCUCUCUCUCUCUCUCUCUCUCUCUCUUUUUGUUUAUGUCAGGAAAUUCCCAAUUGUAUAAUUGCCCAAAUGAGACUGGCUAAAUAAACACCCAGAACCCACCUUUAUGAAUUUGUAGGUAAAUUUGUGAAUUACUUUGUAUAUUAUUUUAUGGAUUUCUGUAUGUAUUCAUAAAGCACAGAUCAUUCUUUACCAUAAAGCAUAGGUCAUUCCUUACACCAGACUUUGAAAAUCAGUCAUUAUAAUUUAGUAGUAAAUAUGAUCCAAAUAACUUGCACAAAUGCCUACAUUAUGAAAAAUUGGCCAGUUCUAUUGUUGCAAAACAAAAAUAAAGAAUGGAGGCCAAAUAUCUUGAUAACAUUGUUCAUUUCAAUUCUAUGUUUCUCACAUGUUUCUGUUAUAAGUGCAUCCUUUUCCCAGUGUUAUUGAUAAAUAAUUGAGAAAUAAUUUCAUUAUUAAUAAUAUUAAUAAUUUUCAUUGAGAAAUAAUUUACAGCACUGUAAAUUUAAGGUGUACAGCAUGAUGCUUUGAAUUACACAUAUUGUGAAAUGAUUACCACAAUAGGUUCAACUAACUUCUAUCUUAUACAUACAUCUUUUACAGUUACUUUACUGUUUUUAGGCACAGCAUAUAGUCAGUUUAACAUAUGCUGUUUUGGGGGCAGAAAUUUUACUGAAGUCAUUGUAUAGGACUUUACAACCACUUUAAGGACCCCUCUUCCUUUACUACCAAAGUUACAAAAUACAGAUUU